AUGAUCAGAGUCUCAUCUCUACUUUUCGUAGUGUUGGCCGUGCUACACGGAGCGACAAAUGCUCCGCCGCUGAUUGGCCGAUCAGCAUUCCGCGAUAUCGGGGGCUCUCUGCCUCUAUGGAGGAGUGUUGCGCCUCGCUUGGCGAAGGACCUCUUCACUUGUCGCCAAUGUUUGCGGAAUCAAGGAUACGCAGCCAAAUCUAUCCGCCAAUUGAGCUCAUCCCCGUCUCGCCAACCGAGCAAGAUUCAAUCGAGCAUCUUCACCGAUAAAACCCGCCAAUUCUUCACCUCCAGUCUCAAGCGUUCGAGCGCCGCGCCGACCGUUACCGAAGCAAUCGCAGAGGGUGCCGCGAAGAGCAAGUCUAGCUUCCCUAAGAUCAGCGAUAAGGCAGUAGCCUACUGGUUGCUUGGUAGCGCGGUUAGUGUUUUUGGAAUUGUUGUCUUUGGUGGUUUGACACGUUUGACGGAAUCUGGAUUGAGUAUCACAGAAUGGCGACCUGUUACCGGAUCUCUGCCUCCGAUGAACGCGGAACAUUGGGAAUCUGAGUUUGCGAAAUACCGUGCUUCCCCCGAGUUCCAAUUGCUCAACCCGAACAUGACCCUGUCCGAAUUCAAGUCGAUCUACUACAUGGAAUGGAUCCACCGUCUUUGGGGUCGGUUCGUCGGAAUGUCAUUUGUCCUUCCCGCUGUUUACUUCGUCGCUCGGAAGAAGGUUUCUACGCCCAUGGCGUGGCGUCUCUUUGGAAUCGCUGGUCUUAUCGGUUUCCAGGGUUUCCUGGGAUGGUGGAUGGUCAAGUCUGGCUUGAAGGAUGAUCUCUUCGCUCCUGGCAGUCACCCCCGAGUUAGCCAGUACCGCCUGACUGCCCACUUAGCCGCUGCCUUCACUUGCUACGUUGCAAUGCUGUGGAAUGGUCUGGCUAUCCUGCGGUCUCACAGACUGAUGGCCGAUCCCGUUGCCGGUAUGGAACAGCUGAACGCGCUCCGCAACCCGAAGUUGGCUCUCUUCCGCCGCUCCGUUGCUGGUAUUGCUCUUCUGGUCUUCACCACCGUCGUUUCUGGUGGUCUUGUCGCUGGUCUUGAUGCUGGUCUUAUCUACAAUGAGUUCCCCUUCAUGGGCAACGGGCUUACGCCUCCCAGCUCAGAACUCUUCGAUGCCCAUUACUCUCGUCACGAGGAUCGCUCUGAUCUGUGGUGGCGCAACAUGCUCGAGAACCCUUCUCUUGUCCAGCUUGAUCACCGAAUCCUCGCUACAACCACCUUCACCGUGAUUUGUGCUUUGAUGGCUUACACUCGCGGCUCACCUACCAUGAAGCGCUUCCUUCCUGCACCCGCCAGAAAGGGCGUGCACGGCGUCUUCGCUUUUGCUUGCUGCCAGGUCGCCCUUGGUAUUUCUACCCUCCUUUAUCUUGUCCCCACCCCUCUUGCUUCCGCCCACCAGGCUGGUAGCUUGUUCCUUCUCACCUGGGUCAUGAUCCUGGGCAGCCGUGUAUGGCACCCAACCCGUACAGCCAAGCUUCUGCAGAUGGCCAUCAAGGCUCGCUCCCAGUACCCUGCCAACACGGCGGCUUCGGCUGUGAAGAGAAUCUGA